AAUUUUCGUGCACAAGAAUGGAAUAAAAACCUCGUCGGCUGUAUGAUGAUGGGUGGCUGUAAUGAGAGAACUGCCGAGAACUGCCGCACUUCUGUCUGUGAUCAGCCACGUCACAACUUAAAAUACCAUCAUGAUGCUAAAAUUUUUGUUUCGACUAUUGUUAGCCUUAUUGAUUGCCAUUUCUAGAGUUCAGAGUUUCAGCGUACUGCAGGCAACCAAGGACAAGAACGGCAAGGUUCCAGCCCCAACAUCGUCAGGAUUGGAAUCGUCCUGGGCCAAUCUCCAGUUGUCUCCGCUGGCCGUCAAAUCGAUGCCUUAUCGCGACUUCCGCGUCAAAAUCUACCAGCACGGUGGCGACCAAACGAUCCGGAAGAGUCACCCGCACCAUCAGCGCUAUUUCUUCACGCCCAUUGCUCUGCUGGAUCACCGGAGCGCCGUCAGUUCUCACAACAACGUGACUGGCGAGGCGGAAUUGCGUUUCGUUAUUCACCUGUGGGAUGAUGAGCUGGAAGAAAAGAUUGCCGAGUAUUUGAGUGGCGUUCUCGGGGAAGUCGUCAAGAAACACCAGCUGGAAGUCUUGCCGUUCGAAUGGGUCGUGGCGACGACGCCCAGACACAAACUCACGGGCCAAUACGCUCUGAGCGGCGUCCGGCAACAAUACCAGCAGGAAAAAUUCCUGCGGUUCAGCAUGAUUUGCUCAUCGGUCGAAGAUUGCGACACUCUGACCGAGCAAAUGAAGUUCAAUCCUCAGCAAUUUUACCACUUGAAAUUGAAAUUGGGACUGGAGUCGCAGAAAACCAGGCGGAAGGAAACGACGGUCCGCCUCAGCAGCGUUCAAUCCGGCGAGUUCUUCAACCGGCUGAUGGGUCGCUUCCCCAACAAUGAGACUGUCUUGCUUACGCCACAAGAUGCCAAGCGCCUCAUCGCCGAGUCGGCCAACAGCAUCUUCGCCGAGACUUUCGACGACACCGAAGUUGUCGACCAUCAGCAUUCCAACAUUUACUGGGCUGUGAAACAACUGCUGGCCAUGACUAAACAACGGGUGGUCCAGUCAGAUAAUCUACACAAUUGGGAGUCGCUCUACUGGGAAAAGGAGAACCAGCGGCCAGACAAAAUGGCCUCGAUGAUCAAUCGCAUCUACAACACAACCGACUCUAAAGGCCGACAAAUGCUUGUCGAUUUUUUCGCUGAUGGUGGGCAUUCGACUAAUGAAACUAUAAACGAUUUUGACGGCAUGCUAGAGAGUUUGUUGAAAAAUCCAGCACUCUUUGGAGACAAGAAUUCGGCCAAUUCAAGUUCGCUAGGCCAAUUUUCACAGUUUCGGCAGAUGAACACGGUAACUUUUCAGCAGUUACUGAGAGAAGCGAAAAAAUCGAUCCAGUGGAGCGGAUACCGCUUCCGUCCAAAGUCCAUCCUGGCCUCCAAACUCGAUCUGGGCCGAAUUAUGAAAAACUACGCCAACCAAGAUUUUACGGAUAGGAAGCUUUUCGUCUCUUACGCAUCGUCUUUGCUGGUCAUGUCUGUCAAAAUUGACGAGUCCAUUCACAUGUCCAUCGAGCGCCAGAUUCAAGAGCGCUUCGAAUCCGUCAUGUCCGACAUAGACAGCCGCUACAAAAUGGAAACCACUAGGUUGCAGACUAUUAUGGAUGGUUUACUUUCUGGUCACGUGGAAUCGAAUAAAAAAAUUGAUGAUCUUAUUAGAAGUCAGAUUGCAGCUUUACAAGGAGACUUCAAAUCAAUCAAUACCACCGUCAUCGACAGCUUUCAGAGAAUCGAAUCAAAGGUUCAAAGAGACCAGGAAUUACUCCAAAAAAUGAUAGAUCAAAUCCAAACCGACAUGGGAGUUGAACGUCAACUUCAGACUUCAGCCCUUAAAAUCAUUUUUCAAAAAAUAGACGCCGGGGAACAGAAUGCCAACGUAACGGAGCGUAAGCUGCGGGAAGAACUCGAAGCUAGCUAUCAGCGCCGUAGUGACGAAUUAAUCAAACUGAAAAUCGGCCUCGCCCAGCAAAUGAUGGUCGUCGAUCGGACAUACGCAGUUCAAAUGGAAUUACUCGAAGCACGGCUGCGAAACGAAACGAAUCAAAUUUAUCAAGAUCAAAUGAUCGCAGUAAAAAACCUGUUGGAACGUUAUUCGUGGUUGCUGUACCCGAUAAAUCAAAGACAAGAGGACCCAAUCACAACAACGCCUUCUCCUUGGAAAACAUUACUGGAACUGUUGAAACAAGCGCAACUAUUGCAGGGUAUCGACAAUUCCGAAAUGAGGUCCGACCCAAACUUUAGCAUCACAACGCCAUCACCCACUCGGUAUCAGAAUCCUAUCGCUGACAACAGUCGGCGAAACGCUAGGUCAUCGAUGCGUUUGAAAAACGGCUCCGGCAAGUGUCUGGCCAGUCUGAACAACGACGGAGGUGAUGGAACCAAGCUCGUCCAGCAGUCUUGCCGUCACGAACUUGGUCAGUAUUGGCGGAUGAAAGACGGCGACCGCAUCUGCAACGGCUGGAACAAAUGCAUCACGGCACCGUUCAACACGGUCGCCAACAUUCGCCUCGUUCAGUCAGAAAAAAAGAACGGCCAACAGGGCGCCGGCCAGAAGUGGAAGUUGAAUCGAGGCCGUCUGGAGAACGACUGGAAAAAGUGUCUGACGGUGUCGCAAGAUUCCGUGGCCGACGGAGUUGAAGUGUGGGCCAUGAGCUGCGUUCCCGGUGUUUUAGGUCAACAGUGGAUGUUUGUGUCUUAAUAAACAUAUGUUCAGAUAUUG